AACAUAUAAAAUUCGAAGCUCCAACAAUUGGUAGUCACAAAUUCAAGUGACAGUUUAAACAGUUGAAGCUUUAAGCGACACCAUGAAGAAUCUCGUCGUUAUAGCGCUGGCCCUUUUAUGUGCCUUUUCGCUGAUGGAAUUUUGUCAAGGUCAUGACGACGACGAGAACGGCCACAGCGAAAGGCCCGAGCAUCAUUUCGAAAAAGGCGGACCGCUUUUAGCGGGCAAUCCGCGUGUCCGACGAGCUGCUGCUCCUGAUCAACCCAAGGGUUCUGGACAGGCCGGCGGUAGAGGUAAUGGUGGACAAGGCCCGCCUCCAGGGCAGGGCCAGGGACAAGGACAAGGACAGAGACAGGGGCAGCAAGAGCAAAAUGGUGGACAACGUAACUAGGAAUAUAGUAUCACCUGUAUGAAACCGUUGAGCGGUAAUUAACAUUUAGCAGCUUUUGUAGAUUUCUAUGCAAUAAACUUUGUGUGACAA